AUGACGGCCACCGCUUUGCCGAUGAUGCCACCGGCGGUGUCGGGAAAGAAGAGCAGGUUCGUCAUGUCCGAGAGUAAUUUGGGACUGAUGCAGGAAAUCGUGCGCAAAGAUCCGGAAUCGUAUAAGGAGGAAUUCAAUGAGCAACUGUAUUUCUACACCCAGACGAUGAAAUUGCUUCAACUUCAACCGGCCAUGCACAAAUUGGAGGUGCAAUCAUUACUCGACACAAUCAUUUUCCUGGCCGGAGUGGCACAGUUUUAUCCAACGGAAGCCAAAGAAUUCUCUGCUCAUUUGCAAACGAUUUUACGAGAACAAGCCCCGGGACUUGAUGCUGAGGUUCGAAUGCAAUUCUGCAAAGCCCUAGUAUGCCUACGCAACAAAAACAUGGUUGAACCCUUGGAGAUUACCGAGCUAUUCUUUGAAUUAACAAAAGUUGAGGAUAAACGUUUGAGGAAAUUCAUCAUCACAUCGAUUGGAGCCCACUUGAAGCGUCUUUAUUUAAAGAAAAACGCAAAAGCUUUAUCGAAGCUGCAAAACUUUUGUCUUACAAAACUGAAGGAUUCUCGAUCAAUCAUUGCACGUGUGGCUCAAUUGAUUCUCAUCGAUGCAUUCCGAAAGCAAUAUUGGAGAGAUGCAAAGACGGCAAACGCUAUUGCCGAGUGUUGCUUUCACAAGUUGCCAAAAAUGCAGGUUACUGCUAUGAAGUUCUUCCUUGGCUCGAAAGAAGACGAAGAGGGUAUUGAGGUUGAUUCAGAGGACGAUGAGGAAGCUGCGGAGAAAGAUGCUGAGCAGAAAACUCUUAAAGAUAUUAUGCAAAGUUAUCGUAAUGCCAAGAAGACAAAAAAGAGAACAAAGGACUUCGAAAAGGCAAAGAAGAUGCUAAGCAAGAAGAGAAAGUCGAAAAAAGAAGGACGAUCAAAGGAAUGCAAUUUGCUGGCUAUUCAACUCCUUUACGAUCCUCAAGCCUUAUCGGAUCGUCUCUUUGGGAUGCUUGAACAGAAGAAGAUUGACAAAUUCGAGAUUCGUCUCUUCCGAAUUGCUUUAAUCGCUCGUUUGGCGGGUAUUCACAAACUUCAAACACUUGGCUUCUACUCAUAUCUUCAUCGCUACAUGCAACCACGACAAAGAGAUGUUACUCGAAUUCUUCUCUACGCUGCACAAGCUUGCCACGAUUUGGUACCGCCAGAUACGAUUGAACAACUACUUCGUUGCAUUGCUCAAGAAUUCAUCACUGACAGAAAUUCUCCCGAAGCUAUCACCGUUGGCAUCAAUGCGAUUCGUGAGAUUUUGGCCAACUGUCCUUUUGCUGCCACAGAAGAGCUCAUGAGGGACCUAGCUGAAUACAAGCAGUACAAGAAUAAGAACGUCUCAAUGGCGGCUCGAGGUUUGGUUGCACUCUGUCGAACACUGAAUCCGAAACUUCUGAAGAAGAAAGAUCGUGGUCGCCCUGUUGAUGGAAAAGAUGAGACAGCUGAAGAAUAUCGCGCUUAUGCGGCUCCAAUUGUUCGUGAUUUCGUUCCUGGUGCUGAAUGCUUGGACGAUGAGCAACUAAUUGAUGAAGAUGAAGAGAAGUCUGGUUCUGGAUCUGAUGAAGAAGAGGAGUGGGAAGACUACAGUGAAUCAGAAGAAUCUGAGGAAAUUGAGGGAGAUGACGAUGAAGAAGAGGAAGGCGAUGAAGAGGUCGAGGAAAUCGACGAUGAUGAUGAAGAGUUAGAGUUUGAUGAAGAAGAUGGGGAGGAUGAGGAGGUGUCCGAUGAAGAAGGUGACGAAGAUGAUGAACGAGAAAUUGAAGCAGCAUCACCAUCACCAUCAACAACUCUUUCUACAUCAACAAAUGCUGCAGAAAAAGCGGCAACAAUCAGCAAUGAUCGAAUUCUCACACAGGCCGAGUUUAAGAAAAUUCGUCAGUGGCAAAUCAAGAAACAUAUUCUCGGUUCAAAACGCCUUGCACGCGGUGGAAAGAAACGAGAACAUUUGACGAACGAUGAUCGAUUGAUUGAGGAAGAAGUUUUGCAAACGUUCCAAACAAGAGAUACAAGUGAUGGGUUGCCUCGUCUGAACGCUAUCGAACACUUCCACAAGAAAAAGAAGGAAACAAAGGCCGAAAGAUUGGAAAGAGUCGAAGAAGGAAGGGAAGGGCGAGAGGAUUAUGGCAAGAAAAAGAAGAAUGGUCCACACGUUGGGCGUACAAAUCGUGAACUGGCGAAGAAGAAAGUCUUCCAAAUGGUUCGCGCAAAGAAGCGAGGACAGAAUCGGCAACGAUCGUUCCGUGACCAACAAAAAAGUCUUCGAAACUAUCUUCUCCGACAAUCAGGCCGAAAACCGGGAAACAUG